AUGAUAGCGGUAGAACCAGCGGCACCCGGAGCUGUGUUACGUGCCGAUGCUGGUGGAAGCACCAGCGGAGUGCUUGGUCUACGCCAGCUACAACCCAACGUGACGGAGGAGACGGUAGACGACCGUAGCCUGUUGCUGACGGAAGCCGGAUCGCCCCAUCAACAUUUCGACGUUGCUGCCUCGAGAGAUUUCGUGAAAAGUCGGGCUACGAGCGAUGAAGCGGAUACCCAGGAUGCUGGCCUUGGGCGCAAGCACCGACACCGGCAGCAACAGAAUCAAUACCGGGUAGUCCUCGAAAACGUGGACAACGUGCAGUAUUUCGGCGACGCUAUGAUCGGGAACCCUCCGCAACGCAUGAAGAUCCUGUUUGACACUGGGAGCUCCGACACUUGGGUGCCCGCGGUCGGUUGCACAAGUUGCGGGUUGCAUUCAGGGUUUGACGAUGUCGCGUCUUCGACAGCCGUGGCCAUGGGCCGAAAUUUCAGCAACAGGUACGACAGCGGUUCGGUUGAAGGAAGCGUAAUCAAGGAAAGCAUGGUCAUCGGCGGUAUGGCGGUCAAGAAGGUGGAAAUGGGCUUGGUGAAGCGCCAAGGGCAGCGCAUCCAGGGCUUCAAGGCGGACGGCAUCGUAGGCCUAGCCUUCCCGUCUAUCUCCACGACUCAAAACACCAGCCCGUCGCAGCACUCCACCUUCGCGCAGCUGCUGCAAGAGCAGUUCGGGGGGACCGGUGACCUGUUCUCCGUCUACCUCACUCGAGCAGGAGGCGAGAGGGGAGGCGGCGGCCUGCCUUCGCCCUCCACCGGGAGGAUGGAGCUAGCUUCAGAGGGGAGCUUCAUCAAGAGGCGCCACGGGACAGCGAAGGGUAGCGCGGUGGCGGCAAAGCAAAGCAACCUCAGCGCCGCGGAUGGGCAAGACGGCGGCGGUCACACAGCGGCGACGGCGGGGAUCGUCACCACCGCCGGUCCCGAGAUGUGCCCGGACGGGUGCCAGGCCAUCGUGGACACGGGGUCAUCCCUCCUGGUACCGCCGAGGAGCCAGUACCGCGAGGUGAUGCGGCAGAUCAUCGGCGGCAGGGCGGACUGCCGGUACCGAUACGGGAUGACCUCGUGCUCCGAGUGCGGCAGCCCGGACGACUUCCCCGACAUCGUUAUCUCCGUUGCUGUGGCCCCGCCUCCGGGGCACGGGGGGGGAGCGGCGGCGCGGCGGCGGCCCAUGAAGAGUGUACAUGGCGACAGCGAGGCCGGUAUCAUCAACGACGGAAGAAAACACAACAGGCAGCGGACGGGUGGCGGUGGCGGUGGCGGUGGCGGUGGCGGUGGCGGUGGCGGUGGCGGUGGCGGUGGCGGUGGCGGUGGCGGUGGCGGUGGCGGUGGCGGUGGCGGUGGCGGUGGCGCGUGGCGGUGGCGGCGGCGGCGGCGGCGGCGGCGGCGGCGGUGGCAGUGGUAG